GCUGAAAUCCUAAUGAACCGACCCCACGCAAGAAAUUCAUUGGGAAAAGUAUUUGUAAAUGAACUGUUCAGCGCUUUGGAACAACUCCGCUUUGAUGAGAAGGUUCGUGUGGUGGUGUUCAAGAGCGAGGUGAAAGGUGUAUUUUGUGCUGGUGCAGACUUAAAGGAACGUGCAAAGAUGGAUGAUGCAGAAGUUGGACAGUUUGUUAAAAGGCUGAGAAAUCUCAUGGAUGAAAUAGCUGCUCUCCCUGUACCCACAAUUGCUGCAAUAGAUGGCUACGCAUUGGGUGGUGGACUAGAACUGGCAUUAGCGUGUGACCUUCGAGUAGCAGCUUCAUCAGCUAAAAUGGGCCUUAUUGAGACCACAAGAGGGCUUCUGCCUGGAGCAGGGGGAACCCAGCGCCUGCCCAGAUGUGUUGGAAUAGGUCUUGCAAAGGAACUCAUUUUCACUGGUAGACAGAUUGACGGACAGCAAGCCUUCUCAAUGGGAUUAGUAAAUCACACAGUGCCACAAAACCAGGAGGGAGAUGCAGCUUACCAGAGAGCAUUAACUUUGGCUAAAGAAAUCCUUCCUCAGGCUCCAUUUGCUGUGAAAAUGGGAAAACUGGCAAUAAACAGAGGAAUGGAGGUUGACAUUGCGUCAGGGAUGGCAAUUGAGGGGAUGUGUUAUGCCCAGAAUAUUCCCACAAGAGACCGUCAGGAAGGGAUGGCUGCCUUCAGGGAGAAACGACCACCUCAGUUUAUUGGCAAAUAAUGCUUCC